AUGUCCCUUCAAGCAUCUAGAGUCAGCUCUGUUAUUGGAAUAUUACUAGACUUGUCGAUAUUACUUGUUGCUUGGUCACAUAUAUUUGCUGCUCCUUAUAACAAAGUAGAAGAAAGUUUCAACUUACACGCUACUCAUGACAUCUUAGCAUAUGGACUCACACCAAAGGCCCUUCCACAUUAUGACCACUUUGUAUUCCCAGGAGUAGUUCCUCGCACUUUUAUAGGCAGCCUCGUACUCGCCGCUGGCUCGUACCUGCCCUUACGCAUUUGCACGGCCUUUGGCAUCAUUCAAUCCAAGCUAGGAGUUCAGCUUCUCAUGAGGCUGUGUCUUGCAACUGGCAAUGUAUAUGGUCUGAUUUUGAUCAGAAGGGCCGUCGAGCGGCGCUUUGGUAGAGGAACAUCGGCCUUGUUCACCCUUUUGACUUGCACACAAUUCCACCUCCCAUUCUGGAUCGGACGUACUCUACCCAAUAUGUUUGCUCUCCUUCCAGUUAACAUGGCCACAUCACUCUAUGUCCAUCCUGGCUCGACCCCUAUUACGAUACGACGACACUAUAGGAUCAUCCUAUGUUUCUUCGGAGCAACGGCAAUCAUAUUCCGCUCUGAACUGAUAUUACUAUUUCUCCCCACACUCCCCUUGGUUCUAUUCAGAUACUCUGUUCCGCCGAGGUUCCUUAUUCCUAUGGGACUAACCUUUGCGAUAGGUAGCCUUGCCAGCACUCUCAUCAUCGACUCAUACUUUUGGAAUGAAUGGAGAUCAUUUGUAUGGCCAGAACUAUCUGGAAUCCUGUUCAAUGUAUACGAGGGAAAGAGUUCGGAAUGGGGGCACUACUCCUCUCUUCACAUUCCGCCACUCUCCACUUACUUCUCUAAUAACGAACGUCAACUAUUUCGCCAUCUCCAAUUGCGCACGCCUAGGCUCGCAUUUCCCCGCAACUUCCUUUCCCCGAGACGAGCAAACGAACUACGCCACCCCCUCUCCAAUGCAAAAAGACCUCUCGAUCGCCGGGAUACUCCUGGCCAGGCUCGAUAG